UACAGUAAACUCUGGGGCGCAGCGCUGGAAGGAAGAGCGGAGAGAAAGAGAUCAGAGAGAGAGAGAGAGAGAGAGAGAAAGAGAGAGAGCCUCACUGAAGUCCGAGCAGAGGAAGAGCGAUGGAUGAGGAAGAAGCGGAGCAGAGCAGCGCAGUGUGUGGAUACUACAACGAGGAUCUAACGCACAAGACGAUCCUGGUGGGUGACAGUGGUGUGGGGAAAACGUCUCUGCUUGUUCAGUUUGAUCAGGGAAAAUUCAUUCCUGGCUCUUUCUCUGCUACCGUGGGCAUCGGCUUCACGAAUAAAGUCGUCACUGUUGGGGAUGUGAAGGUUAAAUUACAGAUUUGGGACACGGCGGGUCAGGAGAGAUUCCGCAGUGUCACUCAUGCUUACUACCGAGAUGCUCACGCUCUGCUGCUGCUGUAUGACAUCACCAGCAAGUCCUCAUUUGACAACAUCAGGGCGUGGCUUACUGAGAUCCACGAGUAUGCGCAGAGUGAUGUGGUUAUCAUGUUACUUGGCAACAAGGCUGAUAUGGGCAGUGGGAGAGCGAUCAAGCGAGAGGAUGGAGAGAGACUGGCCAGGGAGUACGGCGUCAUAUUCAUGGAAACCAGCGCUAAGACUGGCAUCAAUGUAGAUUUGGCAUUCAUGACAGUGGCAAAGGAGCUGAUUGGUCGAUCUAUUGAACCACCCACUGACCCCAAGUUUCAAAUCCAUGACAUGACAGAGGUGGACACACGAAAGACGAGCUGCUGUGGCUUCACGUAGGGCCUCGUGAGACAGAAGGGUGGACCAAAAAACGUAGGGUCGGCUGCAGAAAGGGGAACGGAUCAUGAAGUAAAUCACUUGUCAGGAGGGUGUUGCUCAUUUAAAGUAGUCCAGUCCUGGAGAGCCACAGUGCUGUGCAGUUUUCUGAUUUCUGGGCACCUGUUCCAACACCUGAACAAUAACACCUGUUCCAGCUAAAUUAGAACUCAUUAAUUAACUUAUGAUCAGAAACAGGUGUGUCAGAUGAAGGAAAACACCACUUCGCAGUGGAUGGUUCCUUUAAUGCAGUGAUCACAAACCUUAGUUCAGGAGAGAUCUACUUUCCUGUGGAGUCCAAUUGCAAUAUAGAGCUGUCUCAAAGUGCAGAUGAGGGAGGUGAAACUGUGCUACCACUGGUAUACGAAGGCUGCUCUUCAGUGCUCGCUCAUGCACGUUUCAGACAGCCUGAGAGGGCUAAACCAGCAUGGCUUAGUGACGCAAACAUCUGGACACAUGUAAAUCUUACAUUUAAUUAAGGUCUACAUUUCAUUACAAACUCUGGUGCUGCAGCUUCUUACUACUCGUUGCUGUUUUUGCCCUCUUUCAAACUGUUUUGAAGGUCUUGAAAGAUCCAGCCUUCAGUGCCAUAGCCAAGAAAUGCAGCCUUCCUUGGGCCUUGAGUCUACUGCCACACCUGCUCCAGCUAAUUAACCUCUUCAGGAGUCCUGGAUUGGCUGGAUCAGAUGCAUUAGUGCUAGGUAAUGGGGGGUGGGGUUAGGGGGGCAGCCGGUUGAAUUCUACAAGAAAGCAGAUCUCUAGGUGGAGAAGUUGGUGACCACUGCUCUAAUGAUUUGUAGCACAGAGGUUAUAGCUAGAGGGUACAACCAGGGGUGAACUGUGCUUAUUAGAGCUACUCCUUCAGUUUGGGCCAAAAAUGUGAAAAUUUGCUCAAAAAUUAGGAACAAAAAACAUCUACACGAUAACACUAAUUUCUACAAGCCCUCCUGUGGUGUUCUGGUAGUAUCCUAGUGCAGAGAUAGUGAUGAUUCACGAAUUAUAUUGCGGCAUUCUAGAUUGAACAUGGACAUUUGGUACAAUUUAUUUUAAGCUAAUAUCAGACAUUAACUUAUGUUUUACCAUGUAUAUAGCAGUUUUACAAUUAUUCGUUCAGGAGCCCUGGCAUAGAGAUACCACUGUUUUCUUUUUAGAAACCACAAGGAAAAUCCUGAUUAUGCAGUUUUCUGUUGUUCGGUCUUGUUCAAGAAUUUUAUCCUAUUUUUUCCCAAAAAAAAAAACCCAAUAAGCUAAGAGUAUUAGGCAACCCCAUGCCUAAUACUCUUAAUGUCCAUGGUCUUGGUAUAGGAUGUCCAACUUGCUCAUAUGGGUGCAAUGUACAGGUGUCCACACACUUUUGGCCAUAUAGUUUACACUCAGUUUAAAAGUGUUUUACAGAAUAUUAAAAUUGAACACAGAGAAAAAACAGACUGAAAAAGACUUUAAACACACUGAACCCAUUCCAGAGCAAAUAAAACACCAGAAAAAUAAAGACAAACUCACGUUUGAUAUGGUCAAUGGUAAAAUGAUCUGGAGGCCGUAAUUAUUUUAGGAAACUGGGGUCAGUUCUGUCACUCUCCAGGACUGGACGCCUAUGAAACUGAUGCUUUUUUGGGCACAAAAGGACGAUACACACAUGCACUCUGUAAUGUAAGACCAGGUUGAAAACUAUGUAGAGAGACAUUCUGGCAUAAAACUAGCAUUUAAUAUUUGUUGUGUUAUUGAAAUAGUCCAUAGUGCAGCAGUCACAGCUGCAUUGUAUAACCUUAGGAAUCCCAGCACUGCCAGCAUAGUCACUUAUGGUGUGGCUGAUGGCAUUUGUCUUUGGUCUUUUUCAACUUUUUGAAAGUUUGAAUUUUACUCUAGAGACUAUGGUGGCACUGUUGGGGGAGGUGGGUAGGCACGUCUACAACAGAUAUAACGAUGGUUAUAUUUUUUACUUUUGUCAGAGUGUCCCUUUAAGACUAGUGAUUUCCAGACCUGGUCAUUUACCCCAAACUGUAAAGUGAAUGAGCUAAAAUGUGCAGGGGAAAGCGCUGCUCCAGAGAGUGCACAUCCUGUGUGAAACCACUAGAGGGAGCAGUAAUACAAGCUGUUUGAGGACUGAUGAGGUGUUGAGACAAUAUGUUACAAUAUGUUCAGUUCUGUGUAAGAGACCAAGUCUGAACUGUCAGUGAUGUCACUGUCUGCAGGAUUUCUCAGUGUUUUAUUCCUGAAUGCAGCUGGUCGAAUGCCAGUAGUUGUAAACAAUAUGCAGUUGAUAUUCUUCACUGGACUCCAGCCCGUUUUAUAUGCCUUUAUUCAGGGAUAGAGUUUGAGGGGGGGGGUUCUUUUAUGUGUCAGAGGGACAAUCAGUGUGUGGUUUGUGACACUGUAUGACAUACUGUUAUCUAUAAGAAUGGAUAUAUUAACCCUUGAAGUGUUAGUCUGAAAUAAUGCUGCACUAUUAGUUUCCAGUAUGACUGUGUAAAUGUGUUCCUGGAGUGAGCUGCUUUGCAUCUGGUGUGUCUCAGGGUCUUUACUGAGGAAAAUUAUGCUUAAGUGCAUGCUGGGCCUGCAUGAGGGGAGAGUGCAAAUAUGCAUCUUUUUAAAAUUAUUGUGCAGUUCUAAGAUUUUAAAAUGUUUAAUAUGCUGAGUAAUUUGUACCAAGUUUUGUUUCUCUCAAGAAGAGUGUAUAUGUGUGUAUGUGUCUGUGAAUAUGUACAAUAUGUGGCAAUCUUGGUGACAGAGAUGUGCAAACUGAGGUUUAUUUAUAUAAAGUACUUGCAAUGUAUUCAAA